CACAAAUAUGUGGAAUUUGACUUCCUUAUCAAUGGCCAGUUCUUGCGUAUGCCACUGGUCACACACAUGGAAAUGGAAAAUAUCUCCACGGAAGAAGUGGUGGAAAUAGAGUAUGUGGAGAAAUAUAUGGCCCCUCAGCCAGAGGAAUGCAUCUUCCAUGAUGACUGGAUCAGUUCUGUUCAAGCCACUGAAGAAUGGAUAUUAACUGGCUGCUACGAUCAGACUGCUCGAAUCUGGUCUUUAGAAGGAAAAUCCAUCAUGACAAUAGCUGGGCAUACAGAAGUAGUGAAGGAUGUGGCAUGGGUGAAGCAAGACAGUUUAUCGUGCCUGUUACUCAGUGCUUCUAUGGACCAAACUGUCCUGCUAUGGGAGUGGAAUGUGGAGAAAAACAAAGUGAAAGCCCUUCACUGCUGCAGGGGACAUGCUGGGAGUGUAGACUCCAUAGCUGUUGACUGCACGAGAACUAAAUUCUGCAGUGGAUCCUGGGAUAAGAUGUUAAAGAUCUGGUCUGCAGUACCUACAGAUGAAGAGGAUGAAAUGGAAGAAGCAGCUAACAGACCACGGAAGAAGCAGAAAACUGAACAGUUGGGACUAACCCGGACUCCCCUAGCAACCCUCUCUGGCCACACAGAAGCCGUCUCCUCUGUGCUGUGGUCAGAUGCUGAAGAAAUCUGCAGUGCAUCAUGGGACCACACCAUUAAACUCUGGGACGCUGAGACUGGAGAUCUCAAAUCAACUUUGACAGGAAACAAAGUGUUUAAUUCUGUCUCUUACUCACCACUGUGUCGACGCCUCGCAUCCGGGAGCACUGACAGACAUAUUAGACUAUGGGAUCCUCGCAGCAAAGAUGGCUCUUUGGUUCUCCUGUCUCUGACAUCUCACACAGGCUGGGUGACAUCAGUGAAGUGGUCACCUACCCAUGAGCAUCAGUUGAUCUCUGGUUCUCUGGACAACAUUGUGAAGCUGUGGGACACAAGGAGUUGCAAAGCUCCUCUGUAUGACUUGGCUGCUCAUGAAGACAAGGUUUUGUGUGUGGACUGGACAGAAGAAGGGUUGCUAUUGAGUGGGGGUGCAGACAACAAACUGUAUUGCUACAGAUACCCAGCUACAGCCUCUGAUGUUGGAGCAUGAAGGUCAACAGCCACAAGAUAUAUUUUUUGUUAUUUUUUUUAAAGAUUUUUGCAGCAGUCACUCUCUGUUAACAUCCCUACACAACCAACACCUGAAGAAAGGUUUGUGUUACUCAGAGAGCUGUUGUUCCUGGUUUUUUGUAUUGGUAACUUAUAUCCACAUUUGUCACAGAAAAAUGGCAACAAGCAGUUAUGAAUGUGAUCAGUGUGAAACAAAGCAAAGGGCAUUUCCUCCCUU